UUCAUUAUUUUUCCUUUCCUCCAAGUAGAAGAAGAUGGAGGAGUUUAGGGUAAGAAAUGAGUGCUCAUCUCUCCGUGGUACUUUGUUGGAUUCAAGAUAUGCAAAGGCAGUGCAAUGCCUUGUAGAAGAAGUUAUUGAUAUAGGUGGUAGAGAGGUUGAGCUUUGCAACAACAUUCUAAUCCAACAGCUGUUUCCAGGAAGGAGAAGACCCGGUUUUGGCUUGUCUUCCGAAAUCAAAUCCGAACUUUGCAGUUCUGGUUUCAUGUCUUUGCCUGAGAAUCAUGAGAUUCAUAUCAAAAUCACCAAGCUUCUCAGUUUGUUGCAACAGGUAGAAGAAAGAUUUGACCAGUACUGCAAUCAAUUGGAGCAAGUGAUUUCAUCAUUUGAGGAAAUAGCAGGAGAAGGAUCAUCUAAAGUAUACACCGGUUUAGCUCUCCAAGCCAUGACUCGACAUUUCGGUAGUCUUGAAGAAGCAAUAAUCUCUCAGCUCAACUCUGUUCGUCGGAGUUUCAUCAUUUCUCAUCAAGAUGUUCCUAAGAUCAUCAGCUCUGGCUUAUCACAGCUCAGCUUGUUUGAUGGGAACAACACUUCAUCAUCCCUUCAGCGACUUGGUUUGGUUCAAGGACCACAGAGACAUGCUUGGAAACCCAUCAGAGGCUUGCCUGAGACUUCCGUUGCAAUUCUCCGAGCUUGGCUCUUUCAGCAUUUUUUACACCCUUAUCCGAAUGAAGCAGAGAAGCUAGUGUUGGCGUCUCAAACAGGACUUUCCAAGAACCAAGUAUCGAAUUGGUUUAUAAAUGCUCGGGUUCGACUCUGGAAACCGAUGAUAGAAGAGAUGUAUAGAGACGAAUUUGGAGAUUCCUCAGAUGAAUCAAUGCAAAGAGAAGCCAAUGAUGAUUCAAACUGACUUACAAAAAAAAAACAGAACAAAGUCUCGAGCCAUCU